AGCAGUUCUCAAACUGCAAGCAGUCAAGAUGAGGUGGUCUAUAGCAGCAGUUGCACUCUGCCUGGUUGCUUUGGCCAGCGCUGGAUUCAUUCCCACUGGUCAGCGUGCCGUCGGUGAUAUCAAGAAUGCCGACAAAGACUUUCUGAUGAAGCAGAAGUUCUUCUUGGAGGUGCUGCGCAACAUCCAGCUGCCGCUCAUGUUUGAGGAAUAUCUCCCGUACACCAAGACCUGGAUCGCCGAUGAAUCAAAGUACAUCAACUACAACGAGGUGGUGGAGUUCUUCGACAACUUCAAGCUGGGCUUCCUGACCAAGGGUGAGAUCUUCACCAUCUACAACUUGACGUACAUGAAGCAGACCUACCUGCUGUUCACGUUCUUCUACAACUCGGCCGAUUGGGACACUUUCUACAAGAACGUCGUUUGGGCUCGUGAAAAUGUCAACGAGGGAAUGUUCAUCUACGCGCUGACCAUGGCCGUCUUCCAGCGUCCCGAGCUGAAGGGCUUCGUCCUGCCACCUAUCUAUGAGAUCUACCCGUACUAUUUCUUCAACACCGACAUGAUCCACAAGGCCAUGUUCAAGAAGAUGUACGAGCCCAAGUUUGGCUUCACCAGCAACGGAAAGUACAACGUGGUUUAUUCCAACUAUACCGCCGUGUAUCCGAUUGAAUACAUGGGAGAGGACAAGCUGAGCUAUUUCACCGAGGACAUCGGACUCAACUCGUACUACUACUACUUCAUGAUGGACUAUCCGAUCUUCAUGGGCACCGACAGACUCAACCUGUUCAAGGAUCGUCGCGGAGAACAGUAUCUGUACAUGUACCAGCAGCUGCUUGCUCGCUACUACUUGGAGCGUCAAGCCAACUUUUUGCAACCGCUUGGCGAGUUCCCGUGGGAUCAACCCAUCAAAACCGGAUACUGGCCAAAGCUGAGCUACUGGAACGGAGUGCCAUUCAACGGUCGCAAAGACGACUACACCAUUCCCAAGUCGAACUAUUUCAAAUUUGAUUUGCUCAAGUCUUACGAAGAACGCAUUCGUCAAGUGAUCGACCUCGGAACCUACACGAUGCCCGACGGAACCGUCAUCGACUUCCGCAAGCCAGAAUCUAUCGACUAUCUCGGCAACAUGAUCAACUCGAACCCGGACAGCUUGAACGAUGACUAUUUCAAGAACAUUGAGAUCCUCACCCGUAUCGCGUUCAGUGGUGGCGAUUUUUACUUCACCGGAUCCAAGGUUUGGCCAAGUUCCUUGAUGCACUUUGAGACGUCGCUGCGUGAUCCUCUGUUCUACCAGCUAUACUUCAAGAUCAUGGGCUUCUACUGGCACUUCAAGGAUCUGCUUCCACGCUACACCUUCGAUGAGCUGAACUUCAAGGGACUAGAAAUCAAGAACGUUGCAUUCGACAAGCUGGCGACCUACUUCGAGUACUAUGAUUCGGACAUCAGCAACAUCAUCCCGAUGGGCUUCUCGUCGGACAAGUUCUGGGACUUUUCGGUGCUGGCUCGCCAAAAGCGCAUCAACCAUAAGCCAUUCUCGUACACCAUGGAUGUGAUGUCGGAGUUCGCCGGAAAGGGUGUAGUCCGCAUGUACAUGGGCCCGAAGAUGUACGAUAUGCAGCAGCUGCAGCACCUGAGAAAGUACUUCUUCCAGGUUGAUCAGUAUCUGUACGACUUUGUGGCUGGAAAGAACACCAUCGUGCGCAACUCUCGUGACUAUUACUGGAGCGUCAAGGAUCGUACCUCGUACGUUGAGCUGUACAAGAAGAUCAUGACGGCGUACAAGGGAGGUGAAAAGUUCCCGCUGGACAUGUCCGAGGCCCACUGUGGCUUCCCGGAUCGUCUGCUGCUGCCGAAGGGUCUUCCGUCUGGCUUUGAGAUGACGUUCUACUUUGUCAUCACUCCGUACUAUGCUCCGAAGGACCAGGAACUUACAAGCUAUGACUUCUCGUACAGCUGUGGAGUUGGCUCUGGAUCGCGGUACAUGGAUAGCUUGCCGCUUGGAUUCCCGCUGGAUCGUGACAUCGACUUUACCUACUUCUUCACGAAGAACAUGUACUACAAGAAUGUGAUGGUGUAUCACUUAGACGAGAUAAAGAUGAAUGAAACUUACUAGUGUUUUCAUGCUGUAAUUAAGAAUGAAAUGCAAUAAAGAAAAUGCUUACAUGACAGCUCAA